GUACGUUUCAGUUUCAAAGUAAAGAUCCCUGCACCUUUCAAGAAAUCUGUAAGUUUUUGUUAGUUUUCUUUGUUUUUUCAUUUAAUCUUGACAUUAAUAAUUUUACAAUAAAAACGGUGGAUAUUUCUUACAUUUGAAAAUAAUUAAAUUCGAAACUUUACAAUAAAAGUUCAUUGUUUAACUGGGACAUUUUUCCUAACACCCUUUUAAUUUAGGCCAUGCAAGGCCAAGGUCGACACACGAAGCUUAACACAGCCUGGUCCUAUGUUGUUGCACCUCAACAGGUAUUGUUGUUUUUUCAUAAAAAGUGUUAGAUCAUUAAAAUAAACUCUUUAGAGCUAAAUUAAUAUUUUUAAAAAAAAUGACAUUUAAAUUCUAGAAAAGUAAGGGCGUUUCUAGACGCGUCAGUAGACUCACAUAUAUAAGGGAUUGACAGGCACAGAGAGAGACGGAGGUUCAGAUAGAUAUACUUUAACUUCACGAGACGUGUAUUAUUCUUUGUGUACCUAUGUGUUUAUUCGCUUUCGUCAUUGUACAUUAUUAAUUGGCACAUUGUAUUCUCUGUGUACCGGUUCAAGAUCUACCAUAUUUUCAGAUACUCUGUAAGUUGAUAAUUUGUAAUUAUACUUAUUUUGUUUUGUAAUAGUAUUAUUACUAAAUUAAAUCUUAUUAAUUGUAAUUGGUACUGUUUUGGGCGUCGUAUUUUUGUUAGUUGUAUUUCUCUAUGGUAUCGUCCAUUGUUUGAAUGAGCCAUCAAUUUAAAAUAGGAGAUUAAUUUCUCACAAGAGGAGCCAGUGCGUAACAGCCAUUGUGUCUGCUCUUUAAUUGCCCUUCACGUUUUCGUGGCUUGGUAAUAUUUGAAAGAUUACCUUGUCUCCGAUUUGCUUGAGCUUGGCCACGACUUCCAAGAUGGCGUCAAACAAAUGUUUUUUACGUCAUUCAUACUUUAGAUUCCGAGAGCUUAUCUUGAAGGGGAGAAAAUGACUACGUCUAGUUUCAUCAGUUUCAACUCCUGUGUCGUGUCAUUAAGAGCCAAACACAUUUUGAGACAGGAAGAUUCCACAAAUAGCAAUUUGAUAGGAAUAGUGAUAAUUAUUGUUCUUUUCUUGGGGCAUUAGUUUGACCUUUUGAGUUCCACAAAUUAAUGAAUAAAAAAAGAACUUUUUAUAGUAUUUCCUGCUAACUCAUUAUAUUGCAGUUUGAAUAAAAGUUUCUUUAGAUUUAAUUUUAUGUACCGUUCCAUAGUAGUUAAAAGUAGAUUGUCUCUUAUGUAUUAUACCAUUCUACAUUGUUAAAAUUUCCCCAGCAACUUUGGAUGUGGUCUUAAAUGCACCAUUACAAGAUGCUGAUUAUGGAUUUUGGGAAUUUUUUAUAUGCAGUUUCGAUUGCAAAAUUUGGAAGAGUAUACCAUUGUCCAUCACUGACCUGACACUACUCAGGAAGUGAGCUCUGAGUUUUUCUUCUCAGGUGCCCAAAUUCGUGAACGCAAUGAAGUAUGUACUUGUACUUUUCGAUAAAAUUUGACUCCCAAGGAAACCGGCUACGUUCCCACUUUCAGCGCUAAAUUGUUCAACUUUAGUACGAUCGUAUGUUUGAGAAGGGUCCGACCUUUCGCAAAGAUUAAAUGUACCACCUUCUUGGUGUUAAUUUCUAUACCGGUACUUUAAAUCGUUGGGUGUAUUUAAUCCCUUUUGUUGUUUAUUCUGUUGAAAUAUGGUUAUUGGGGCAGUGUUCCGUUGGCAACCUGGUUUCCCCCAGGGUCUUUUCUACUGUGAUGCAGCAUAUUUCCAUAUACACCUUUGACCUUCGUGCGGUCUGAACACUUUCCGUACAACUUUGUCCUGACGUGUCUCGCCAGCCAAUGUAGACAUCGAGUUUAAGUUAUUGGUGUUUCUGGCUUGGAAUGGGCAGCUCUGGUUUGUGUCAUUAUUUCUGCACUUUCACUGCCCUUCACUUCUACGAGGCUUGGAACCCAUUGCACUGUUACCUUGUAAGAAUACUUGAGUUUUACUUGUGCCUGUUCACAGUUACUCCUACACCAUGCAAAUUUAGCCUAAAAUCAUGAUCAUGUUAAAGGCCCGUAAAAUGUAAUAAAAGACAACAAACUACAUCACCUGUUUGGGAUUUUUUCUCGUGACUGUCGCUUAUGGGCUUGAAAGACGGAGCACUUAAUCUAAAGGCCACUUUCCAUCGCAAAAGCCCGCUUUGUUUACUUUAACAAUUCCUAAACUCCUGGUGUCAAUAGAGUCUUUCACAAACCAUUCUCCUUAGCUAUCUUCCCUAGACACGAUGCUAUGGAGAUCGGAUGCUAGCUAGGAUUAUCUUCAUUCUUCCCCUCUUUUCAAACUGGAUCGAUUGUAAAACUGUGCAAUGCUAUGGGCAUGUCUCCCGUGGUCCAUGAUCUGCUUAUGAAAUUCAAUAACGAGGUCUUAGCUAUCGUGUAAUUGUUUUUGAUAAUUUUGUUACAGAUUAUAUCCUGUAAUUGUGCCUUGUCAGCUUUGCACUCAUCGAUCGCUUUCUACAAUUUGUUCAGAGAAAAAUUCGCGGUAAAAACUUCAGCAUUUAUUCCGCAUUGCUUGGUGUAUUCUCCAUGCUUAUUGAGUCGAGUAAUUUUUUGGUUUUUGUUGGUGUCUCACUUUUUUGACUCCCUCUACCAAAAUGCCUGUAUAAGCAUUUACCCUUUGGUAUCCGUGGUAAACGCGUCUGUCAUCCUUAGUAGGUUCUUGAGUUUUUUUUUUAACCCCAUUUAAGAACGAGAGUCAAUUAAUUACCAAACCCUUUUUUUUAGUCUGCCAGAUUUAGUUUUCACAAAUAACAACAUAUAAUAUAUAUUUUCCAAACGAUAACAGCUUCCUGAACUUUUUGUAAGUAACGCAAGCGGACGAGUUCCUACUAAUUUUGGUUUGGAAAUGUCGGAACUUGCCGUUCCUAAAUUUUCUUGGUAUGUUCUUGUGUCCACCACAUCAGAUAGCAGUCACCGGGUUGUUUUAAGCAUCAUCGCUAGUCACUGAGGCUUCAGGGAUCCAAGCUGAUCUUAAGAUUGUGCUUUCUAUUCCUUCACGGAAUAUAUUUCAGUUGGAUUUUUCGAAAAGCCAGUAUUUCUUAGAAGAACCUUGCUUUCUUUAAUCCUGUGUCUUAGGUGAUGGUAAUUGGUCUAUCAGCACUGCUGAUACUAGAGUGAGGCUGGACAAGACAUGGACCUCUGCCAAGUACGACAGAGGAGUUACUCUAUGGAUAACUCUUUUUGCUAUAAAAUACACAGCUUUUAUUGUGUUCAUAAAUUUUGGUGUUACAUAUCAGGGAAUCACAGUGUGUUUUGGGGUAUCUUUUAAAACGAUAAAAUAAGGCAAUCGAUUACUUAAUCUUAGAGUGAUACUCUUCUUCUUAUUUUUAUAGUACUCUGUUAACGGUUGUUAUAUUAAAAUUAAUAAGACACACAUAUAUUAUGUUUUAUAUAAAAAAUUGGUAUUUAAUUUUUAUAAUUAAAAGUAGUAUCGUAGUCAAAACGUUUUAUAAUGUGUUAUAUUAGGUAGGCAAAGGGUUUACAAAAGUCCAAUGUAUGUCACGUGGUAAAAAAAUAGAAAUUCAAUUAGCACUUUGCAAAAACAAAGGAUAAAGAGGCUUACAGAAUGUGAACAUAAGGAAUAAUAUAUGAUGGGAAUGACAAUGAACAUUCAAUUAAAAUUAAAAUUGAUGUUAUUUUUUUUUAUGAUGGUAGUUUGCUAUUUAUUUUUUCAUUAAAUACAACCAUUUUUAUUCUAACAUCCUCAGAUUUAAGUAAAUUAAAAAAAGAUAUAAACAGCAGCAUGUUAACCAAACCGGAGAUAGCCUGUGCCAUCAUUGAAGGUAUAUCAUCUGUGAGAGAAGAUGAAGAACUUCAGGAUUUCGUUGUUGAAGUUGAAGGCACAGAAUUUAAAUGCCAUCGUCUGAUACUCAGCGCGUGUUCUGGAUUGUUUCGUGGUCUUCUCAGGUCUGGGAUGAAAGAGUCGCAGAAACAAAGAACGAAACUCGAAGGAGUAUCCACGGAAACAUUCACAGCUAUUUUAGAAACUCUCUACACCGGAUGUGACAAUCUGACACGUGAGAACAUGCUAAGCAUUUGGCUUGUUGCAGAUCAACUUCAAAUAACAUUUAUCUUCGAAAAUUGUGUAGAUUUUAUUACAAAAAAAAUUGCCAAAGAUAACGUCAUCGAAAUUUGGGAAGCAGCGUCUCAAUUAAUGCACACAAAUAUUAUAGAGUUGUGUGAAAAGUUUAUAAUCAGCAAUACAUCUCUGAGAAAUUGGAAUAUUAUAUAUGAGACAGCGAACAAAUUAGCAUCAGAUUUGAUUUUGUCACAUGUUCGAGAUUUCAUGAAGAACAAUUUUGAACAAGUCAUCAAGUCUGAGGCAUUUCUGUAUCUUAGUGAAAAUGAUUUACUUGAAAUAAUAAAAAGUCAAGAUCUGGUUGUAUCUUCUGAAGAUGUUGUUGUUCAAUCUAUUUUAACUUGGAUUAACAAUGGAAAUCAAAUUAAAUCUGUAUGUAUGGCUGAAGAUCUGAAUGAGAACUCAAGCAGCUUUCACACUGGUGAAGAAGAAGAUGAGAAAGAAGAAGAACUUGAACAAGGAGAAAAAGUAGUGAAAGAAGAAGAAGGAGAUAAAGAUGAAAGAAAAGAAAACGUGGAAGACAUUGCAAUCAGUCCAAAAUAUUCAAAGGAAUAUCGCAUGAAAUGUCUUGAAAGUUUUCUUUCAGAAACAAGACUGUGUCUUGUUAAUGCUAUAACUCUAGAAAAGUUAUCGCAUGAUGAUUUAAUAAUGGAGGACAAAAGAAUCCGGGCAAUGGUAAUGGAUGCCGCAUUAUAUAAGUCAAUUGGUCGUCAACAUGGUCAGAGUCUGAAGGCAGCCGUUCAUCGAAGUUGUAGUGGCUUAAUAAAUGUUGCAGUCUACAGUAUAACAAAUGGACUUUUUAGUGUUUUUUCAUAUAAACAUAAGAAAAAUUGGUUAGAAAUUCCAAGUUGUCCGUAUCUGGUCAACUGCAGUUGUGUGAAUUUAAUUGCCUACGAAUCAUACUUUAUUGCAGUCGGUGAUGUAGCAGAGAAUAGCAGCGUGUGUGUUUUUGUACAAAAUGAAUGGCGUGAACUCAUGAAACUACCAGGUCACGGAUGGCUGGGUGUGGCUGUUGAUGAUUUUGUUUUUUUAUUUAAUUCUUCUAAUCAACAAAUUAAAAGAUUUGAUCCAAGACAAUGGAACUGUUUAUUUGAAGACUUGAUUAGUUUCCCCGUAAAGGAUAAAAUAGAACACGUCUCUCAAUGUGAAUUUUUUAUACUUGCAUUCUGCUCGGAGGUAAUUGACGAGACAGCCGUACAUUGUCUUGACACACGGUCUCAGACAUGGACAAGACUUGAAAGCCUGGAUGGAUCAGCCAAAAAUAUGCAUAGUUUCAGAAAAGAGAAACAGUUAUAUAGUCUUCAAGCUAAUGGCAACCUUUGGGAAAUUAACAGUGACGAGAUAAAUGGCGUACAUUUUAAAUUGGUUGAUAUUCUUUGGCAGGGCAUAUCCAAUAUGUAUGGCGUCAUCUAUAUUAACGAGCACCUUUGUUUUAGUUUUGGUAAAGGAUUCGAGGAUGAUGCAGCAUAUUCGGCAAGUUCAAAACUGUUUGAUAAAAUUCGAAAGAUUUGUUGUACAACUGAUGAUCCACCGUUGUCCAAUAUUGUACCCGCUGUCCUAAAAACAAUUGCUGCUUCAUAAAUUGAUUCGAGAUAUCGUAAACUUAGAAUUGUUUUUUGGAGUUUUGUCUUUCAACAUCAGAACAUGACAUAAAAUAUUUGGAUGUAGCUUAACUCCUGUGAUGACAAGAACAAAAAAAUUAACCCCUUGCAACUUAAGUAUUUGUGACUUGAUUGAUUGAAUGAUUGAUUGAUUUUGAUAUUUAUAUUUCGCUGGUAUCCAUGUCACUUUAGCAUGUUCACUGCGCUCUGGUUUUCGAAAUCUAUUUAAACAAAAAAGUUUUUAAAUGUUUCUUAAAUGAUUUUUUUAUCAUUUUUAAUUCCUCUCGAAGAUUGAGGCAAACUGUUCCAUAAUGUUGGUGCUAUCGCUUCAAAAGAGCGUACUACGUACGACUUUUUUCUGUAUUCAACCAUACAAGGAACUCUCAGUAAGUACUGUGUUGACGACCGCAGGCUCUUCAAGGAUACAUGUUUAUAAAUCAGUUCUUUGAGAUUUUCCGGAGCUUAGCCAUAUAUGCAGCUGUACGCCAGGGACAGAUUUUUGUAAUUAAUGCGUUGACUGACAGGAACCCAAUGGAGAGCUCGUAGAACUGGGGUAUGUGGUCUGAUUUCUUCAUCCGCGAUACAAUGUGUGCUGCAGUAUUUUGUAUCUUUUGUAGUUUCUGAAUUUGGUUCUGUCGGCUUACUCUGAAAACAUUUAUAAUGUCUUCAAGCUAAGGUAGUCGUUCUCAUCAUUUAAGUGCAAAAAACACCUUUACAGAAUUUGCCAAGAUUGACCAAUCCACCUUUAGGGAUACUGAGUUGCCGAGCGGUCGGAACUGACUAAAUCCAAAUAUCUGGUGGUCUGGAGUUCAAUCCCCACCAAAGCAAAAAGCAUCCCCAGCCGUAUGGAUGGGACUCGGCAACUCAUCUUUGGAAAAUGCAAACUCUGAAUUCAAACCAGGAGCCAGAAUGCUCAAUAAAUUGAUCGAUGGCCCUCAAAAUAUAGGAAGAAAAAGAAACGAAUUAUGCCAAAGAUUAAUUAAUUCGUGAUGAGAUUUUAAGGGUAAUAGAUUUAUUAAUGGGAUAUAAUUUUUUUUAGUUUCAAUACUUAUCUGACAUUUAUUAUACACAGUUUGGAGUAUAUUAAAUUUAUUAGCAGUUUUGUCAAUUGAUUUAUAAUUCAUUUUAAAUGAAAUUAAUAAUGUUGAAUGUGUAUUGAACGAAAGAAACAAAUUGAAAUGUAUAUAUACGUCACCGGAUGCUGCAAGAUUAAAUUUGAAAGCAGAAAAAUGUUUAAAAAUAUAACAAAGGAAAAUAGGAUUUAAAUAAAUAUAAACAUUAUAUAUACUGAAUGACAUAAACAUUAUAUAUACUGAAUGACAUAAACAUUAUAUAUACUGAAUGACAUAAACAUUAUACAUACUGAAUGACAUUGUAAAAUCUGGAAAUAAAUUAUCAAAUACGACGCCACACACGCAUUCUUGUGGCCUAAACACAGGAAUACAAUAAAAAAUAAAUCAACACAAAUUCAGGGCACAUCAGACUUAUCCCCAUUUGAAAAAUAACUCUCUAUCAUUAAGGCUAAGGGAAUAAAUCCCAAAAGACAUUUCGAGCGAUGGAUUGGUCCGACAUUGAACUCAAUUCUUGAAGGGUAACUCCUGGUUCUGCACAUCCGUAACGGUCAUUUUGGCGUUCUCUUUGAUCUGAAGGCCAGACAGAGAUAGCAUGUUGUUGUUGUUAAUAGAUGUAAUGCUUCGUCAACAGCCAAUCGCAAUAUUAAAGCUUGUCAUUUAGCUAGAGAGAUUUAUUGCAAGAUUACACAUCAUUGUCUUGAUGCAGCAUUCCCUUCAUCCUUCCCCACCCAAACAUAUACAUGUAUACCACUCAUUAGUUGGCUUAUAACAUAGUACGAGGUAUAUCCUAGGCUUAGACCAAUAAGUCAUACAUUGAACAAGGAUUUGAUAAGCA